CUGUUACGUCCACGGUACUGCACAUGUCUAUAGGCGACGGUUACCACUUUCAAUCAGGUGGGCCGUCAGCCUGUUUGCCAUUCUAAGUUGUAUAAACAAAAAAAUUACGACGGAUCUGUUCUCUCGACGUGUUAUCAAAAUAAUCAACAUGCAAUUUUCUGCCACGACUAAUACGAUUUUCGUUUAUUUUCCAAUUAUUGAUGAAACCAAUGUAAAUGUAUCCAACAGUUGUGAUGUAUUGUACGGCAUAAGCUACGAUAACAUGAACAUUGAAACACUACUAUGGGUUUUUACUAGUCUAUCACCGAUCAUUGUCAAUGCUAAACAGAGUAUCCUACCGCACGCCAUAAGAGAACUUCGAGCGCCAACAUUUAUUAAACAUAUAAAUAAAGUAACUCCACUGAAGAUGCGUAGCGGCAGUCAUAAAUACGCAAUUUACGAAAACAUGCUGCUGAGGAAAGCGGCCCCAAUGCUCCCACCGAAGAAACAUUUAAUAAUCGCUGUGUUGCCAUAUGAAAAUUUAUUCGACGAAAAUGGUAGAUUAUUCCUUGAGAAAUCAAAAAGUAAAUACGAUUCAAACUCGAAAUAUACACCAUUUUCUAAAGUAUCCGAUGACGAUCUCGUACCUGUUAAGAAAAUAAAAGAAAAACGAAAGAAACGUAAGAAAAUUGAGCAAAUAUUAAUAGACAUGUUACACAAAAAAGAUAAAAUGUAUGGUAGAAACAAAUUGAAGUUAAAAUCUGAUAAGUUAUUGACUGAUUUAGAAAAAGUAUUGCCAGAUAUGAAAAUGUAUAAAAAUGGUCAAUAUUUAAUAAUGAAAUUAUUACAAACUAGCGACCCGCCCCGGCUUCGCACGGGUGCAAUGCCGCAUCGCUAUGUUCCUGCAUUUUAAAUCUGUAAUAUCUUCUGAAAUAUUCAUUUAAAUUGCACGCUGUAAAGGACCAUAUUGAUCUAUAUUAAAUGGACAAUGCAUUUAAGAUACUUAUUUGGAUAAAAAUUAAUGCUGUAUUACUUAAAAUCACUUCGUAAAUAAGCCAUUUUUUCCCGUAAAAUGUAAAGGAUAAAAAAUGGUUAUUGUGUGUUAUCCUUAAGAGAUAGACAUAUACUAUCGCGGACUUUUUUGUUGACCUUUUUAAGGUGUACAAUACUGUAGUACAUUAUUUUGAUUUAUCUCGUGGGGUUCAGCCAGCGUUUGCAAUGUAAGUGCAGAAAUGUGUUUAUUAACGACGUCACAUUAGAAACCUCUAAAUUUAUCAGUGUUUCUCUACAAUAUUAUGCAUCUAUUAUACAUAUAAACCUUCCUCUUGGAUCACUCUAUCUAUUAAAGCGCUUUAAAAUCCGUUGUGUAGUUUUAAAGAUUUAAGCAUACAUAGGCACGGGCAGACAGCGACAGCGACUUUGUUUUAUAUUAUGUACCUAGUGAUAAUGAAAGACAAAAAUAGCAAUGAUAUUUAAAUUGAUAAAUGACAAUUUGUUUGACGAAAAUGGAAUGAUUACAAUUA